AUGUCAGACGUAUAUUCUUCAUGGUUCCAAAACACAGACUGUUGUAACUGGAUUGGAAUCCAAUGCGAUAGCAAAACCAACCGUAUAGGCGGAAUCCACCUCUUUAUAGGUGAUAUCGAUGGCCAAAUUCCACCCUCUGUAGGUGACCUUUCUCACCUCACGGCUUUAACUCUCAACCACUUCAAAAAUGUCACUGGUCCGAUCCCGCAAUCUAUCACAAAGUUAAAGCAUCUGGAAGUGCUGGAUCUCGGCGAUAUGAGUCUGUCAGGGCCGGUUCCCCACUUCCUUAAUCAACUCACCCUUCUUACCAGACUCGAUCUCUCAAAAAAUCAAUUCUCUGGUUCUAUUCCACCCAAUCUCUCAGACCUCAAAAAUAUUAUAUCCAUCCAUCUCGACGGGAACAAACUCACCGGUUCAAUCCCGGAGUCUUUUGGGAAAUUUACUGGUACUGUACUUGAUCUUUACUUGGGUCGCAAUAAACUCACUGGUCGGGUUCCAAAAUUUUUAGGAGCUCUGAAUGGCGCGAUUGACUUGUCAAGGAACAAACUUAUAGGGGAUGCAUCCUUUCUAAUCAAUCCCAACCAUAGUUUUAUCGAUUUGUCGAGGAACGAGUUCGAGUUUGAUCUAUCAAAGGUUAAGUUUCCAAAGGAUUUAAAUAUAUUCGAUAUAUCACAUAACAAAAUAUUUGGUGGAAUCCCUGAUGAGAUUAAGAACUUGGAAAGUUUGUACACGUUGAAGGUAGGUUACAACAGGUUAUGUGGUAAGAUACCAACUGGAGGAAUCAUGAAGCGUUUCAAAAGCACUUCAUUUUUUCAUAAUAAGUGCCUGUGCGGGACGCCAUUGACGAUCAGUUGUAAGAAAAACUGA